UGAAUACGUGGAAUCAGUCGCCAUUUGCUGGUUAAUCACGGAAUUUCACAAGAUGGCUAAGAUUGGUAUCUUAUUUGCGUUUCUGUCGCACCUAUUAUGUACCAUGGUACAUGGAACAACUGUAUGUUCGGAAUACUUCACACUUGCAAUCAACCCUGAGACAGGCAAGAUAUAUGGUCGGAUCGAAAUCAUUUCUCCGCCAGAAAAUGACGACCUUUAUUUAAAAGUAGCCUUAAACGCUGUCGCUGAUUCUCUGGAUGAGUUAUUUCAAUUGGAAUUGGCACGACCGAUAAAAGACACCAUUCAAGCUGUUCAACUUGGCAGAUCUUUGGUGUAUCAUAUUAAUUUUCCCUCGGGUGCAAAAGUGCCGACAUUAUCCGCGAUAUGGUUUAACAAUCGGCAAUAUUGUAUCGGCCCCGGAGCGUCAAGUGGAACCAUCGUAGCCAAUAUCGAAUUGGGGCAUAUUGUGUACCUUCCGAACGAAGAACCACUGUCUCAGGAUUUUCAGCCGUGGCAUCGAAAUUCGAGUAAUUACCGCAUAGACAAUCCGUACUACAAUAACAACGCCGAAUGCGGUGUUACCAGUUACUACACCGAGAGCACAAAUAAACUGAUCCCCGAUGGUGAGACCUCAUUACCAGGCCAGUGGCCUUGGGUAGUCGCAAUCUACCUUAUUGAUAGAGAUGGGCUUCAGAGAUCAUACUUGUUUCGAUGUGGUGGGUCACUUUUAACGAACAGACAUGUAUUAACAGGUAUGUUAAUCGAGAAAAGUCCAUCUUAUUCUAGUAAUAUGAACAACUAUUGUUCGAAACAUUUUUUGAUUUGCCUAAUACUUUUUGAGACAUUCAAGAGAAAAUUUAUAACUUUUUCAAGGUUUAGCUUAUGAUAUCUCGGUAACUGUUUGUUGGAGGGAAAUGUAGUACAGAAUAUUUUUACUUGAUUUGGUCUCAGGAAUAUGCUGUUGCAAUAGUGCUCCAAUUAUUGAAAGUUUUUGUGUGUGUAAAGUUUAUGUAUGUUACAAUGAACAAAAAUUUUCAUAAUUAAAAACAUCUAA